AUGGCUCUGUUCUCUCUCAAAAAGGCGCAGGGCGCAGAAACAAGAUAUAUGACAGAAAAGCGCCCCUAUUUGGCGCACAGACCAACAACAUCAAUCAGUGGCCCUGUACGUUCAACAGAAAGUAACCAGCUGCUCAUUCUCGAGUAUCAACAGCUGGUUACGUCAGCUGUAAAUCAACGAACGAAGGUCAUCUCUUACUCUUUGAGUCGAAACAUCCUCGAUUGUGAUGAUUAUGAGUCGAUUCAAGGCCUUCUCAAGACUCUCGAUGAUGCCAAAUUCGUCCAUCAUGAGAGACUCAACUUCGAAUAUGAUAAUGAGGGCAAAGUGACGAGCAAACAGCUCAUUCAGAUCUGGUUUUCUCACUCUCAACAGCUUAAGAUAGCUCAGCGCUUUGUUGCAGAUCAGGUCCUUGUUAUUGACGGUACUUUUAAUACAAAUGAGCUUCGUCUAUCUCUUCUCGCUGCUGUGAGUAUCACGAAUUCUGGGUCUACAUUUCCUGUAGCCUUCAGCUACUGCUCUUCAGAAAGUACGGAGUCGUUGGUCUUCUUCUUUGAAUGCCUCAAACGCGAAUGCUUCGCCGACGAUAUACCUCCUUGUCGUGUUGUUAUCGGAGAUCAAGCUGCUGGCCUCAUCACAGCUGUGUCUAUAGUCUUCCCAAACGCGAUUCUACAGAGCUGCGACUGGCAUGCUGUUCAAGCGAUGCUAAAGCGAUCUCGAACGUCAGGCUAUAAAAAGAACCAAAUCGAUAUUCUACAAGAUCUGUGCUGGAUCUACGUCAAGAGCUCUACGAGUCAAGAGCUUCAGAAUAAUCGUCAACAGCUUCUUGAUGAGGUGCGACCUUCAGAGAAGAAGUACAUUAUAGAGACGUGGAUACCAAAUAUCCUUUCUUACCCAGCUUCCCUGAAUGGGCUGGCACAUCUUUUCCUCCUCUUAGUGAUUGGAACAAGCAGUCAGGGCAUUUCCAACUGGGAUAUCUACCUACCCGAUCUUCAGUCCACUACAGCGACACCCCUUGCUCUUCACCAGCGAAAGAAAAAAAAAAUUAGUUAA